GUGCAUGCAAAGUCAUGAGUGUAACUUUAUGUUUACUCAAGCUAAAAAGACUCAGGAUAUCUCAUAAAGAUUUCGGAAGGAUCUUAGUCUUAGUGGUUUAUAGGUGUAGGCUACAUCUCAGAUUGUGCAAGGUUACAGUGAAUCACUUUGAUUAUCUUAACAAUGCCAGAGUUACUAUUUCAUAUUUGGGGUUGUUCAAGACGGAGAUUACUCAACCUGAAGAAGACAGUGAGCAUUAUGAUGGAUUGACCACCAAAAUGGCAAAAUCUAAGCUCAAUUCUACUCUGAGACAACUGGACAUCUAUCCUGUUAACUAUAACUCUGAAGACCAAGAAAACUCAGAGAUAAGAGAACUCAUGAAAGGGAAUAUUAAAAUCAGACUAUACCCUUCUGGAGGCAUAGAUUAGACAUAUCCAUGAAUGAGUUUCCUAAUGUUGAUAAUAUCCAAUUCUAAAACUG